AUGACUUCAGUCGAAGAGGAUGACUCGCAAAACGAGGAAGGAGCUAAGAGUUCAGCGGCCGCGCCUUUGGAUACCCCCGCGACCUCGUCUUCUCGUGGCAACGGGAAGAAAGCCCUCGAACGCUCCAACAUCGGAAAAAAGAACAUUAGACCUCUGGCUGAGAAAAUGAAGAAGAAAGCGAGGCGAGUGGAAGUGGGCGGAGACAGAACGCCGGACAUCUACGAGCUGGAGAAAUCAGCCGAAUUUCAAGAAGGGGAGUCGAGAGUAACCAAAUAUAACAUUGGACCUGCUCGCUGUGGGGUCGAAAUCGACCAAAAAGUACUUCUAGUAGUUGGGCAGACAGGAGCAGGUAAGACGACUAUGAUCAAUGGGCUGGCGAACUAUAUCUACGGAGUUCGAUGGGAAGAUGACUUUCGGUUCCGGGUGGUCACGGAAAAAGGAGACGUGAACCGUGAAGACAGAUCCCAGAGCCAGACGAAAGAGGUGACCGCUUAUUCCUUCAACUACCAGGAGGGCAUGAAGAUCUCGUACCAUCUCAUCGUUGUGGACACCCCUGGAUUUGGGGACUCCAAGGGUAUGAGCGAGGACGAAGAAAAUGUGAUCAAGCCUCCACUGCCAGGCUCACCCCCGCACAACAUAGACUUUCUCAUCGAGGCCGAAAAGAAGAAGCACCCAGUGAUGAAUGAGCAACUAGAGCAGUUGAAGAAAGUUUUCAGCGUUUGGGAGAAGAUCCAGGAGUGCGAGAAUGGUUCAGGUACUUGCACAGUUCUACCUGACGUCUCGUCCAUCUUAGAGGAAGAGGGAAUCGAUUUUGAAAGCCUAGGAAAUGAAAGCUCUGGGGAAGAGUAUAACAUAGAGGAUCCAAUGAGCAUGAUCCAGACGUUUAAGGCCGUAUUCCUCAGAAUAUUUGGGAAGAAUACGAAGAAAAUGUGA